AUGAUUACUGAGAUACAACAAAAAAAGAAAUCAAAAGAGGCAAGAAUAGAAAACAAUUAUCUAACUACUGCCGAACAAUUAGAAAGACAGAGCCAAGAAUAUUUAAAAGAAAUAGAAUUAGCCAAAUUUCAUGAGGAACGAGGGAAAAAAGGUUGUGAUUGUUGGAGUUUUGAUAGUGAUAGUGGGAUUUGUAAAAAAUGUUCUAAUAGUGAGGGCACUCUUUUAGCAGGGACUUUCAUCUUCUUUUUAGUUUGUAAAUUCAUGGCCAUGCGGGGCUUAGUAAUGGCUGUUUUUAAGUUAUUCGCUCAAUUAAUUGGGAUUUACCGAUUAUUAUUGAUUUUGUUGGCAUAUAUUGUUUUUAAACUUAAAAUCUCUUAUAUGCCUCACACUUCUUAUGAAAAACUGUUACAAGAACUCUCUCAACUUAAAGCAGAAUUGGAAACAAUUAAAGAAGGAGGUGGAAUUAAAAUAAUCUUUCCUGAAAAAACUACUGCUAAACAAAUCAUUCGUAGAGUCAACCCUCGUAUUUUAAAAGAAUUACCUAGAUAUUCAUUUAACCCUACUAACUCUUCUAAUUUUAUCUUAGAAGGAGAUAAUUUGCAUGCUUUAUCUAGCCUCUAUCAAUACCGAAAUAAAGUAGAUUUAAUUAUCACCGACCCUCCUUAUAAUACUGGCAAAGAUUUUCGUUAUAAUGAUAAGUGGAAUGAAGACCCAAAUGAUGAAGGAAUCGGAAAUCUAAUUAAAUCUGAUGACCCUUCUAGGCAUACAAAGUGA